AUGGUCAAGCAAUCCGUGUGCAUGCAGUGCCGCGGCUGGAGCAAAGGCUGGCACGACAGGGUGAAUGAACCCUAUGAUCAGUUCUACUGCACAUGGUGCUGGGCUGGCUUCAUGGGCUACAAGCAGUUGGAGUCCGUCAGAGGCAAGGACACUGUAUGGUGGAGGGAGCAGUGGAAGGCUGCAACCAAUGCCCCAAGACACGCUUCGAGCCCCUUUACUUGCAGAAAAUACUGGCAGAAGCAUUCACGAAGAACAGUCAACUGGGAUGCCCACUUUAGCAAUCUGGAUGCCCAGGGAGAGGAGCAGGACGAGGAAGCGGAGGAGGAGGAAAGCCAAGGGCCCGAUGAAAUUCAGCGAGAAGAUGAAGAAGAAGAAAAAGAAGAAGAAGAAGAAGAUGAUGAUGAUGAAGAUGUAGAUGAAGAAGAGAACCCAGCAUGGGUGCAACGAGCGAUGGAAAUUCUUUUCAAGUAUGGUGGUGGCAACAUGAACUGGGCCACAUUUCAGAGCAAGGGUGGGCUGCACGGGAUUUCGAAGCAAGCCAUUCUUUCCCGACCAGAGUUCGAAAGUUGUGGGCGCAAGAAUUGUUCUGUGAGACUGGUGAAGGCUGUCAGGCUGCAACGCUACGGUCGAAGAAGAGCGCCGUGA